GGAGACUGGGGUCUCUCUACCCAGUCCUCCUGAGUUCCAGGCAGGAGAGCCGUCGGACCUGGCAGGGCCUCUUUCCCCUGCUCAAGCCAGGAGGCGGCUUUCUCGGGGACCAGGAUGCAGAAGUGGGGGCUGUGGACCGUGGCCGUCUUGACCCUUCUCUCCGCGCAGGCCUUUCCCCAGACGGACAUCAACAUCAGCCCAGCCAUGCCAGAGCUGCCCCAGGCUUCCCUGUGCCCACUGUUCUGGAUGGAGUUCAAAGGCCACUGCUACAGAUUUUUCCCUCUUAAUAAGACCUGGGCUGAGGCUGACUUCUACUGCUCGGAGUUCUCCAUCGGCAGGAAGUCUGCCAAACUGGCCUCCAUCCACAGCUGGGAGGAGAACGUCUUUGUGUACGACCUUGUGAACAGCUGUGUUCCUGGGAUCCCAGCUGACAUCUGGACAGGGCUUCACGAUCACAGGCAGGAAGGGAAGUUUGAAUGGACAGACGGCUCACCCUAUGACUACAGCUACUGGGAUGGGAGCCAGCCGGAUGACGGCAUCCAUGCAGACCCAGAAGAGGAGGACUGCGUGCAGAUAUGGUACCGGCCCACCAGCGCUCUGAGGUCAUGGAAUGAUAACACCUGCAGCCGGAAGUUCCCUUUUGUCUGCAAGAUCGCAGCUCUGACUAUUCACUGAUCCAUUCUCACUCUAACGGCGCUAGCCCAACUCCAGCAUGGACUUGUAGCUGUAUCUGAUGUAAAGUCGACGCUCAAUAAAUGUCCAACACACAGUGGAGACAAAUAUCCCAGACAGAGAUUUUCUACAAGCAAAUCUUAAGAUACGAUGUAAUCAGCUGGUCACCAGUGACAGGAA